UGGGGUCAUAUACCAUCUGGUGAUAGAGUAACAUCAACUAGUAUUGAUGGUCGUGGAUCAUUGACUAUUACUGGUGUUGUACCUGAUGAUUCUGGUGCCUACACUUGUGAAGCUAUCAAUAAUAAAGGCAGUAUAUUUGCUGUACCAGACGCCAUUAUAAUUGUCAGACGUCAAUCUGGUAUUUGUAAACCACCAAGAUAUAAUUCUGAUGCUAAGAGUGAGGCUGAAUGUAUUCGAUGUUUCUGUUUUGGACAAACUGAACAAUGUUUCAGUAGUGGACUUUAUAACACUAAGGUAAUAUCAUGUAUUUCAUCGAGAUCUAUCUUCAGAGCAAAAUACAUAGCCACAUGCUUUGCCAUAGCAAAAGGUGAUUUGUUUCCAGUUGAAGAAGGUUUUAUUACAUUCAUACCAUCAACACGAGAAUUCUCUGUUCAAGAUUUCCAACAAGUGCUUCGCGGUGACAGUUAUUACUGGAAACUACCCAAACAAUAUCUUGGCAAUAGGAUUACUAGUUAUGGAGGUGAUUUAACCUAUAGAGUAUAUUAUGAUGUACAAGGUUUUAGAUCUGGUGACCUUACUUCAGAUCCUGAUGUCAUUAUAUCUGGUAAUGGUAUUACCUUAUACCAUAGAAGUCGACAACAAGCCAGACCUGAUUCACAAUUUACUGUUGAUAUACCAUUAACUGAGUCUAGUUGGGAUAGAAGUGAAACUUCAAGAAGAGGGGAUACAUUAAUCUCGGAAUAUGCUUCUCGAGAAGACUUGAUGAUGGUCUUAGAAAAUGUUACCAGUAUAUUAAUAAGAGCAACUUACGAUACUAGACAAACAUCAACCAGAAUCAGUAAUGUUUUAUUGUCCUCUACAACUCAACAAGAAAGAGGAUUUGGUAAAGCUGUUAGAGUUGAAGAUUGUAGUUGUCCUACAGGUUAUACUGGUCUGUCUUGUGAGCAAUGUGCAGCAGGUUUCUAUCGAGUUAAUAGAGGUAGAUAUUUAGGUGAAUGUGUACCAUGUAAUUGUAAUGGCCAUUCUAAUGAUUGUGAUCCAUUAAGUGGUGUAUGUAGGAAUUGUAGAGACUAUACUACAGGCCCCUACUGUGAUCUGUGUUUGGAAGGCUAUGCUGGUAAUCCAAGAAGAGGUACCCCUAAUGAUUGUCAAGCUUGUCCAUGUCCAUUAACAGUAAAAUCUAAUCAGUUCAGCAGUACUUGUGUAUUAGAUAACGAUGGGUUAAUAACCUGUACUAACUGUCCUGAUGGUUAUGAAGGUAGACAAUGUGAACGAUGUGCUGAAGGUUUUGAAGGAAAUCCUAGAGUUGUUGGUGAUAGAUGUGUUCAAGUAGAUGUGACUGAAAGAUGUGAUCCUAGAGGAAGUUUAUCUCCUACUCCUAAUCCUCUUACUGGAACAUGUACUUGCAGGGCUAAUGUACAAGGUCAACUGUGUGAUCAGUGUAAAGCACAAUCAUACUAUCUAUCAUCAGACUAUCCUUAUGGUUGUUUAGCUUGUUUCUGUAUGGGUGUAACAGAAUUCUGUACCAGUACUUUACAGAACAGAGCUCAGAUUGGUGUAUCAUUUAACAAUGAUAGAAUGGGAGUUACAUUAUCUGAUAUGUUACAAAGAACAACUAUUAGAGAUGGUUUUACUAUUAAUUCUAAUGAUAGAGAAUUAGUAUACCGUGGCUUCCAGAAUCAACCUAAAGAAAUCUACUACUGGAGUUUACCAUCUAGAUUCCUUGGAGAUAAGGUAUCUGCCUAUGGUGGUUAUUUAAGAUUUACUUUACGGUAUCGACCUGGUAUUGACAACAGUCCUAUUAGUAUUGAACAACCUAUUGUUGAAAUUAAGGGAAAUGAUAUUGACUUAAUCUACAAAACUGAUAGACAAGUUCCAGCUAAUUCUCAAGAACCAUUCCAGAUUUCAUUAUUUGAGCAAAACUGGUUCCGUAUGGAUGGUCAGCCAGCUACCCGAGAAUUUUUAUUGAUGGCCUUGGCUGAUUUAGAUGCUAUAUUGAUCAGAGCAUCAUACACUGAGGAAACAGAUGAAGUGGCAUUAAGUGAUGUUACUCUGGAUGUAGCUGAGAAUAGACAGACAGGACAAGAUAGAGCCUGGGCUGUAGAGGAAUGUGCUUGUCCUAGAGGUUACAAAGGCUUGUCUUGUGAGGACUGUGAUACUGGUUACACUAGAACUGGUAGUGGUCUGUAUCUUGGUUUGUGUGGCAGAUGUCAGUGUAAUGGCCAUUCUAAUGAAUGUGACCCAGAAUCUGGUGUUUGUAGGAACUGUCAACACAAUACAGAAGGUGAUAGUUGUGAAAGAUGUCAAGCUGGUUACUAUGGCGAUGCUAGUCGUGGUACUAUCAAUGAUUGUCAGAAAUGUCCAUGUCCACUCACAGAAUAUCCUAACCAAUUCAGUCCAACAUGUAUCUUAGAUACUGAUGGUCAAGUAACAUGCACUGCUUGUCCACCUGGUCAUACUGGACGUCGAUGUGAAAGUUGUGUACAAGGCUUCGAAGGAAAUCCUCUACAACCUGGUGAUUCUUGUAGAAAGUCAACUAUACAAUGUGACUGUGAUCCUAGAGGAACUAUACCUAAUGCUCAAUGUGACGCCAAUACUCGACAGUGUUUGUGUAGGACUAAUGUACAAGGAUUAAGAUGUGGAUCAUGUAAAGCAGGACAUUUCUUCCUAGAUAGAUCGAAUAAAGAGGGUUGUUUAGCCUGUAAUUGUAUGGGUAUAACUAAUCAAUGUACUAGCUCCUCAUAUUAUAGAGAUGUGAUAACACCAACAUUCCCUAAUGAUGGAUCUCAUAAUUUUGGUUUAACCAAUAGAAGAUUAAGUCGCAUGAUUAAAGAUGGUUUUACAGUGGACGGCUCCAGAAACCAAAUUACUUUUAACAACUUUGCUAGUGUACAGAGAGAAAGAGAAAGUCUUUUUAUUCAAGUACCCCCAAGGUUCCGCGGUGACAAGGUAACAUCAUAUGGUGGAAGAUUGAAGUUCACAUUAGAAUAUAAUACUGCUGCUGAUUCAGGACAGAAAUAUAUGGAUGUUGAUUUAGAAAUUAUUAGCAACAACCAAAGAAUAUACUUAUUAUUGAAUCCUUCACCAAAUCCACAAGAGACCAAUACAUAUGACAUCUUAUUACGAGAGGAAAGUUUCCGUAUGUUAGAUGGAUCAACACCAAGUCGAGGUUCAUUCCUGGCUAUGUUAGCUAAAAUAGAUGGUAUGUUAAUAAGAGCUACACACCAUUCCAUGAUGGACAGUAUCACUCUACGAGAUUUAUCAAUGGAAAUUGCUGUACCAGGACCAAACGGCAGACGUCGUGCACCAGAAGUAGAAUCUUGCACAUGUCCAGAAGGCUAUACUGGAUUAUCUUGUCAGGAAUGUGCUGCAGGAUAUUUAAGAGUACAGGAUUCAGGAUCAGCUAUAGGAAGAUGUGUAAGAUGUAACUGUAAUGGUCAUGCUACUUCCUGUGACCCCAACUCUGGAAAAUGUUUGAAUUGUCGAGAUAAUACUGAAGGAGAUAGAUGUGAGCGAUGUAUUGAUGGUUACUAUGGUGAUCCUACAGCUGGAACACCCAAUGAUUGUAGAAGAUGUGCCUGCCCACUUACAGUAGAUUCCAAUCAAUUUUCACCAACAUGUCGAUUAGAUCCUGGUUUUGAAGUUAUUUGUGAUAGAUGUCGUGUAGGAUAUACAGGACGUGAUUGUGGAGAAUGUGCACCAGGUUACGUUGGUAACCCAAGAGAAGUUGGUGGUUCCUGUCAACGUGAAGAAGGUAAAUUAUUUUCAUUUGAAGGCCAUUGGUUUCAUAGAGCAGACAAUAUUUUUUACAAUUGGAUAUUUUUAUCAUAG